AUGCUUCCCAUGAAGUCCCUUCUCAACCCGCUGUCGGUCGUAACUCACGCAGGUCACCAUCGGCCCCCGAUUAUGCCACCGACACCCUCCUCAAUCUAUACGGACGAGCUUCCAUCGCCAAUCUCUCCUGACUACGGUCUUUUGUCUAUGCCAACUCCUCCAAGAUCAUCAACUGGGGCUACAUCAAACAUAAAGAUGGAACACAGGGGCAGGGGAUUCUCGGUCAACUAUCCCCCCUUUGAAGACCUCGAUGAGCACUCGCUACGUGAGGUUCGCAAGUUUCACGUCCGUCCAUUUGGCAGCAUCCGUGAAACCAGUCGACACAUACCAUACAACAGUGGCAAGAAAGACUUCUUUGCCAAGACUGGCAGAGAGAGCUUUGAGGUGUUUCAAUACACCUAUAAUGUUCCGGAAAGCGACUAUAAUUACACCGUUAUGUGGGACUAUGGCUGUGGCCUUGUUAGAAUGACACACUUUUUCAGAUGUCGCAACUACAACAAGACGGUACCGGGCAAAGUGCUCAACCAGAACCAUGGGUUGAAGGAUAUAACAUACAGUAUCACAGGUGGCUCCAUUACUGCUCAAGGAUAUUGGAUGCCAUUCGCUUGCGCUAGAGCCGUCUGUGCUACCUUUUGUCACCCGAUUGCCGGGGCCCUGAUUCCCAUCUUCGGUCCCCAAUUCCCAGCCGAUUGCAUUCCACCAGAAUCACCCAACUUUGGUCGCAUGGUUAUCGAUCGCGAGAUCAUAGCCCAGGCAGCCCGCGAGGCCGACUUGAUGUACGGAAGGUUACUGCAAGCCCGACAACAGGGUCAGCCCCGUCGUCGUGCUCCAGGACCGCCCAUGCGCUAUUCAACGUCGCCCACAUCUUCGACUCUUCACGAACGGCGUGUGCACCUCGCACGUGGUGCCGCGCGGCGUCUACGGGAUGGCAUAAUGUACAGCAGUCCCCCCACGGAGACGGAGAGCUAUCCGAACUCUCCAGAGCAGAUUUCCUUGGCGGACUACCGACCACGGCGGUUCCCCUCGCCCCCACGCCUUCCUCCAGUCGUGCUCGCGGCGACCCCGUCACUUUCAGGACAUUCUGGCUGGAGGGCCGAGUAUAUCGCAGCCAACGCUCGGUCGGGGCAGAUCAAAAACCCAUCUCCUGUGCACGAGCACAGCCGUCAUCACCGCUACACUAGCAGUCGUGACAGCGGUCAUCGUCAAGAUGAAGCCAGCCUAAUGGCCAGCUCACUGUCACGCAUUCUGCCUCCUCCAAUGGUUACUCCCCGAUUCCAGCAUGAGCUGUAUCGGGACCACCACUACCACACUGCUCCACCAACCCCGAGCCCGCCUGAUGAGCGACUGUUGAACCGUCUACCACCCAUAGUCGGUCCUGACAUUUCAUUCCGCCACGAUGCUGCUGCUACAAGUACCUUUUCGGAUACUGGAAGGAACAAUCGCAAUAAUUACAGUGGCGGCGAGACUGACGUGGGCAGCGGAGCCUCAACUCGGAUCGAUGGGGGUAACAACCUCAGUCUUCGGGCCAAAGUCAAAGCUGCAGGGUUGGAUGGCCAUUCUAGAUAUAAGGGCAAAACACAGCAAGAGGAGCAACGGCUGCAUCUACAUCAUCUUCCUGGGCGCCAGUCUCAGACUGCAACCGCAGCUGUAGCGGACGACGCGAACGCUCUCAGGAAUGAUGCAAUCCAAGCACUCAUCAACUUGGCUUCUCGUGAAGAUAUGGCGGCUGAGGUCAAGAAGCAGUGGGAAGGGUCGUCCCAGCCGUUAGGUGCUGCAAUCUUACCACUCAGAGCGCCCGCGGGGGUCCAGACUAGGAGCAGGAAGAGGGCGCUGUCGACAUGA